AUGAAGAAAUAAAAGGCUAGCUCAUCAGUUGAUUGCAUUUAUAUGGAAACUAUGCUCAAUUAACAAAUAAGAUCAAAUAUUAGAAUGAUACAAAAUAAAUAGAUAAAUCUACCAUAAACACCAAAACUGAUGUCAUAAAAUCAAUCACAAAGAAUCGUAAGUAGGUAAAAUAGUUAGGAUAAGAAAUUACAAAGGAGUCUUAGUAAUCUAUGAUUCAAAUACAAGACAACAAGAUUCUAAUGAGUUAACUCUUUCAACCAAUGAUUAUACAUUCUCAUAGAAUUGUUUAGAGUAAUAAGUAAUCUACUCUUGAAAGUCCAAAAUUAAAAAGAUAUUGUUUAAAUUUGGAUAAUCAUCAUCAAAAUAUAAUCAAACAAUAAAAUUUUUAAAAAAAGGUUGAAUAAAUUUAAUAAUUUUAAAAGGAAACUAAGCUAUGUUAUCCUUAUAAAAGAAUAAAAAGAAAACAUAAAUUGUUGACAAGUUUUAUAGAUUAAAAAUAAAAUCAAAAUAGUUAAAACUAUUUAAUUCAUUUUAAAUCUAUGGCUGAUUUAACAGGUUGGUAAAUUAAUGAAGAUCCAUAGAUAGAAAUGUAAUGA